AAGCAGAUCCUCUUCUGCCCAACCCCCUUUCAUGACUAGCAUUUUGUCUGUGUGUGUGUGUGUCUGCCGUCUAUAAAAAUCUGUGUGUGACAAAAUUACCUCUCUGUGUAGAAGCUUCACUGCAGGAAGGGGAGUCAGACCAGGUUCUUUGCUAUUGUUACAAACUUGAUGACGUCAUGCCCAGAAAUCUGCUGAAAAACCCCUGUGGAGAAGAGGAUCUGGAAUCCUGGGAGCUGGUGGAAAAUGGAGGGAACGGAUGGAUAGUGGAGGACAUGCCGGGGGACUGCGGUCCCGACUUCGAGAAUGACGAAGUAAAGAAGUAUUUUGCAACUUCUUUUGAAUGGUGUUCAAAGAAGCAGGUGAUUGAUCUGUUGGCUGAAGAUUACACCACAGAUGAACUGAACACUGAGCCAGAGGUCACGGUGGAGGACUGGUACUGCAGCAGAACGGACUGCGGCUGUGAGUACCGGUUGGCCGUGAACUUGCUUAAUGACAACCAUGAGGUCAUAGAGUACUUCAAACCGGAGCUGGUGCUUUUGGACCCUGAGAAUGAUGACUGCUCCUGGAAGCAGAUGAGUUAUACGUUUUCUGGAUAUGGUCCUGGCUUGCGCUUCAUCUCCUUUGAACAUGGAGGUAAAGACACCAAGUACUGGCAUGGUUGGUUUGGAGUUCGGGUGACUGGGAGCUCUGUUACCAUCAACCUGUGAACUGGUUUAAUCCGGAAAUAGAGAAAGAAAGAACAUCAUGUGAGCUUUAUCUUGGAAGUGGGAAAAGAAGCAUAUUUGCUUUAAAAUUUGAUUAAAUACUCUUGACUUCCUGCUGCUUUGUUCAGACCUGCAAAACUCAACCACAGAAUCUCAAACUGGAAGCUGCAGUUGAUGAUUGGUUAAUGCCUCCAUAUGUUAUUCAUCCUCCAUGAGAACUGUGAUGACAACAGAAAAGCUGUUUAACAUUUAAUAUGGAAGUACAUUUGACAAUAAAGAACUAAAUAAAUACAGAACUCA